GAAAGUAGAUCCGGUACGCAGGUUCCGCCAGUUGAGUCCAGGAAAAGUUGAGACCGACGGCGCAGACGAGAAGGCUGCAGGAGCCCCGCACCACUUGUUGCAGCCCGCCGAGAGAGAGCUACACUCCGGCGCCUUUUUAUACACACACAUACACACACACACAGGCACACACAAACAAACGCGCGGUGAAACCGUUUUUCCAACAACAGUGUGCGACGGCAUACCAUGACUCCAGCUCUCCCCAGAGAGUAGGCUCGAGUUGAAGUUGAGAGUUGAAAGCCGGCGGACCCUUUUGAGUUCCUAGCUCCCCGAGAUGAACAGUCCGCGGACUGUGCGCGUCCUCGCGGCGCUGUCGCUGCUCGUACUGUGCGUCGCCGUGCGGGAAGCCCGCUCUGCGGCGUGUCAUGGAUGUGUUGGAUCAAAGUGUGACUGCAGUGGAGUUAAAGGAGGCAAAGGUGAACGGGGGUUCCCAGGACUAACAGGUCAGCCCGGCGUUCCGGGUUUCCCAGGACCUGAGGGCCCGAUCGGCCCCCGCGGAGAGAAGGGAACUGACGGACCUUCAGGGCCAUUCGGUCCCAAAGGAAUAAGAGGACCUUCAGGAUUGCCUGGAUUCCCAGGAACCCCAGGAAUUCCUGGUCUGCCAGGGCAGGACGGACCACCAGGUCCGAGAGGAACGGCAGGUUGCAAUGGAACAAAGGGUGAGAGGGGAUUCCCAGGAAACACGGGCAUCGGAGGACUGGAGGGGCGACCGGGACCUCCUGGUUUGCCAGGAGCAAAGGGAGACCCAGGCGAUGUGAUUUCCACCAACCGCUUCGGAGAGAAGGGGACUUCGGGACUGCCGGGAAUACCGGGAGUACCUGGCGGUACCGGACCCACUGGUUUGCCGGGACCUUACGGCCCACCUGGACCCAGAGGUUUCGAGGGUCGACCAGGUUCACCUGGACUUCCUGGACCCAAGGGAAACAUGGGGUUGAAUUUCCAAGGACCUAAAGGAGAUAAGGUACGAAGGAUAAAAUACAUGAUUACUUUUCAUCCAAAUUUAAUUUUAACAAUACUGUAAAAGUUAGGUGCACUCCCA